ACUUACAGAAUGGCUUUAAUUAUAAAAAGGUUUGAUGAAAAGAGUGCUAAUCAACUAUUGCAGCCUUGCUGGUUAGCUGGCGAGCGUAAAUUUUCCAUUAAUAAAUUGCUGUCACGUCAAGAAAUACGACUUGUUGAUGUUGUGUCAAGUUGCAAUAAAAUUGAAGACCUUAUUGAACAAAAUAAGGUCAAAUACAUGAAAAUCAACACUAAUGCAGUCGACACUUGCAAUAGAAAUUUAAUCUCAUUCAAGGACAUUGCGCGUCUUACAUUUGGUGCGAGCUCUAUUUUGACGCAACAAGUAUCUAUGCUACUAAAUGAUGCGGAGGAUUUGCUUAAGCAAAUUAAAGGCACCAACUUUGAUACACAACUUCUGCACACUGUAAAUUUGCCCAAACGCAAGUGCAAGAGCAUAAUUAACAACCAUACUAUGUGCGUAGCGAAGCGGGCACGCAUACAGCCACCGCAGCCUUUGGAUGAACAACACAUUGAAUACUACAGAAAUGUGCUUACGGAAAUGCAACAGUGGAACACAUGUGGCAGCACACGCUCGGCAGAUCAGUCGGAGACCAUACAAAUUUCCGAGCAUGUUAUAACUAUUACACAUGAAGUCAUCGUAACUGAAAUCGAGGAUAAUAUACUUUGGAAUAAUGGCUUUGGUGGUCCAACAGAGCAGCAAGAGUUUGAAGCAUACUUACCAGAGAGAAUUGCCUUGAAGCGUAAAUUUUGUAGCCCCGUGCCAACUGAUGCUUUGGCUAACAAAGCACCGAGAUUGGCAACAGACACUACUGAGACAAGUUCUCAUAAUUUACAGGAACCUAGUACAUCUCAAGAGCUUGGGACAUUUUCACCACCAGCAACAAUUACUGGCGUUCAAGAGCUUGAGAUACAUUCACCUCUCGCAACAGACAUUAGGCCUCAAUCUUCAGCUGCACCAGCAAUCUCCAAUAUACGAAAAGUGAAGAGCAGAGACAAAUUGAAAAUUGACAAGAAUACUAAGCUAUCACGCGAGGAGCUGCUUAGAGACAGACAUAAAUAUAUUAAGGCAAAUAAGCGCAAUGCCAAACAAUUGUUGAAAAGCAAGCAAUGUGAGAAUGAUAGGAAGAAAAUACAUAUCUUUAAGCAUAGUCAGCUUUAUCUAGAUCGUAUAAAGACGAUUUACAAAAUGGCUGAGGAAAACAUUGAAAGGGACUGUGAAUACACUUUACGCGCCAUACUUGAGGAAAGUUAUAGUGACGCAUUAUGUAAAGAAAUUUUUGGUGUAAGCCAAACUGAGCCGGCUUUGUCGCAAUUGCAAGAAAGCUUAGAGAGUUAUGAGCCGCAAAUUAUUGAGCAGCAUUGCAAUAAUAACAACAAUAAUCCAAUCAUUAAUAUCAACGGCAACGACUACAAGAAUAGUAAUUUUGAUUCAUAUGCCGUUAUGAUGGACUUACUACAAUUAUUUCGGCGUUAUCCAGACAAGCCAUCUAUUGAUGCGAAUGAGUAUAUUAACUCAUUUCCAACUCGUUUUAAAGCUGCAGUAGCUUUUAGUCAUUUGCUAACUUUAUCACGUGAGGGUUUUAUAAAGCUUUCAAAUCAGCCUGAUUCUAUGGAAAUUGGUGGCAUAACACUGGGCACUGAGUCUAUUAGACUCAUAGAGAACAUUUCGCAAAGCGACAAAGCCCAAAAUGUAAUUACGAAUAUUUAAAUUUUUAUGUAG